GACCGGAGCGCGUUCAUGUAGGUGUGGCGUGAUUGGUUAAAUAUUGAUGGUCCGAAGUUCCAAAGUAACUUUUUUUUGACAAAUACUGUUUUAUCUUAUUAUUGUGCAAAAAAUUGGUAAAGUGACGUCUACUAGCAGUCCGAUCCUUGGACAGCAGAUGGCGAGCAAGGUAAAACAGCUCAUAGGUUCAGCACGCACAAACCAAAGAAGACCACGAAGAAUGCAAAAGCGGGACUCGGCCACAGUUUACUGUUACCGAUAGAGACCCGUCAUACACAGACCCGAUGGGAGACAUCUUGACCCAGGACAGUUAGUGGACAGUCCUUGUGAACUUGGACAAGCGUCUGGGCCCCACGUGGACCAGAUUAUGCCUGGAACCACAUGAACAGAUGAAUGUCUGGGCCGGAACUACCAUAUCAGCAGGCCAGUGUCCAGGAGCCUCUUGCAGGAGGCAUGUUCCGGGGCAGCCAAUUCACAUUUGGGAAAGAUCCGCAACGGACUCUUUUGAGCUUGGGUUUUACUUAAGAUCCUUAACCCACAUGGUCAUGAAGGCUGCUUAUGAAAUGUUAACAUUUUUUAUAUCUUAGAAUUUGGAACUGAGCCCUGAAAAUUCAGACGCAAUAAGUCUCCCUUUCAAUAAAUUAAAACAUUUACACAAAAUUAACACAAACUCAACAUUUUCCUUGUGAAUUAAUGUCUUUAAGAUAUUUUGAUUUUGAAAAAAUGCAUAAAUGGUCCGAGGACACUGGGGUUUAUGUCACUUUGCAGCCUGUAAAAAUACCAAUUACUACUUUCCUAUUAGAGAUUGAUCAUGGUUUUGAUUCGGUGAAAUAUACGUUGCCAUUCCAGAGAGCAUGGGGUAUUUUUUUCCCAGUGAGGAAACAAUAAAUGAUCCAAAAAUACAAACAAGGAGUAAAAAUUCCUGCUGUGACUUAAGAACAAGAACAACUGACAAAGAUGCACUUGAAGUGGUUACCAGCAAGCGAGCUCCAGGAAUGGACAAUGGAAUCAAUAAGUGGAAUCGCUCUGGUAAAUGCUGUGCAUUUAAUUGAGAUGACUUGAAAUGGACUGAACUAAAUAUGUGUAUCCUGGGAGUGCUUGCAGCAAACAAUUUUCCCUUCCCAACUUUGAAUCCAGCCGCGGCCUGUGCGUUUGGCCCUUAAGUGAAAAUUGAACAUAAUCCACUUCUUUCCCAUAAAUAUCACCUUGCAAAACCAUCAUUACAAUAUGAAAUAAAAAAAUAGACUUCAAGUCGUCUAACAUGCUCUUAACUUAAGACUUAACUAUAGCAUGGUGUAAAACGCAGAAUAACUGUCAAUUCCAAGUAAAAAAAUAUUGUGACGUUAAAUUUCACUGAAAUGUGUUUUCUCUCCCGUGCGUGACGCGGCGUUGGGCGCACGCGCAAAGAACGGCAUCUCGUGACGUCACGCGGGGAGGUGCGCUGCUAGUGACGCCAUCUCGUCCUUUCCACUGUCGUUCUCGGUCCAUCUCCCUUCUGGCAAAGCAUCCCCCUCACCUCCGCCAUCGCCAUCUUCAUCGCUUGAAUCUCGUCUGUCCUUUCGCAAGGCCUUCAUCCUCCUCCUCUUCAUCAUGUCCGCCGACAAGCAGGAGGACCGCAAGGGUUCGGGGGAUUGGCGGGAGUUCUUCUGGAACCCGCGCACGCACGAGCUGCUGGGUCGAACCGCGUCCAGUUGGGGUCUGAUUCUGCUUUUCUACCUGGACCCAAAUAAUGAGUGUGGGCCACUCCCUCCCUAGGUCUGAUUCUGCUUUUCUACCUGGUCUUCUACCUGUUCUUGGCUGGGAUGUUCACGCUCACCAUGUACAUCAUGCUGCUGACGCUGGACGACUACAAACCCACGUGGCAGGACCGCCUAGCCACCCCAGGGAUGAUGAUUCGUCCGAAGGGCAAUCAACUGGAGCUCACCUACUCCCUGUCUGAGACGAAAAGCUGGGAAGGCUUCGUACAGAAUCUUGACUCGUUUUUGACCCCGUACGACGACACCCAGCAGGUUCAAAUGAAUGACAACUGCCCCCCAGACCAGUACUUCAUCCAGGAGGACAGUGGAGAGGUGAGGAAUAAUCCCAAGCGCUCCUGUCAGUUCAAUAGGUCAAUGUUGGAGGAAUGCUCAGGGUUUCCCGAUCGUUUCUAUGGUUACAGCCAAGGGCAACCCUGUGUGCUGAUCAAACUCAACCGGGUGAUCGGGAUGUAUCCGGGAAAGGAUGGCCAGUCUCCUUUUGUCACCUGUGCAUCCAAAAGGGAGGACAGUGAUAAGAUGGGACCUCUGGCUUAUUAUCCUCCAAAUGGAACCUUCAACCUUAUGUAUUACCCUUAUUAUGGCAAGAAAGCUCAGGUGAACUACACUCAGCCACUGGUGGCCGUCAAGUUCCUGAACGCCUCCCUCAACACCGACAUCGAUGUUGAGUGCAAAAUCACCUCCAACACGCUCACCCCCGGCAACGAGCGGGACAAAUUUGCCGGCCGCGUGUCUUUCAAGCUACGAAUCGACAACAAGUAGACGCACAGCAUAGACGCGCAAGGCCGCAAACGUCACCGCACUGCAAUCAUGACUCUGACCACUCCCCAUUUUUCCCCACUCCACACGCAAACUCGAUGACCAAUCACACCCCCCACGCAGUUUGACGUCAGCCCACCAGAAUCUCAGUCUACCAUACCUAACCUCAAUCAAGUUAUUUAUUUAUUUAUUUAUUUAUUUAUUUAUUUAUUUAUUUAUUUAUUUAUUUAUUUAUUUAUUUAUUUAUUUAUUUAUUUUUGUUUGUUUGUUUGUUUGUUUGUUUGUUUGUUUUUGUUUGUUUUCAUACACUCAUUGUCACCAUAUCGCUGAACCUUGGCUGACAUUUCUGUCAUUGAGUUCAGUGUUUCUCAAACUGGGGUCCGCACACCUCAGUGCACAAGCCGUAGCUUGGGACUUCGCAAAAUAAUUUGCAAUAAGGUCAUAUUUCAUAUCAUUUUUUGAAUAAGUGCAUACCUACUACAUAUGAGGACAGGUGUGUCAAUAAUGCAAACCUAGGCCAAUCACGCUUCCUUACCCUUGCUUUGGGCCAAUAAAGAGCUCUGAUUAGGUUAUUUAUUAUUAAGUAAAUUUGACAUAAAGGCAUAAAAUCGUUUUUUUUUUUCCAUCUCAAACAAAAGACGAUAAAGUCGCACUGUACUCCCUUUUCUUGUUAAAUUUUGGAAAAAUUGAACUAUUCACAAAGGAUUAAGACUGUUUGUAAUAAGUGCUACUUUUGCUGAAAAAUUACGACCUUAGUCUUAUAAGGUUGUGUCGUUUUUUUUCUUCUUUCUAUGAAUUGGUUACUGCAAAGUCACAAAUGCAGCUCUACUGUUGGGUUUGUUGGCAGUCACGUUGUUUUUAAUUUUAAUUAAGUAUUAUAUUCAGUUUCUGCCUUGACAUUUUGACAUUUUUUGUGUACUUUCCUCACAAGCCUUCUCUUUCCAAUCAUCUUAGCUCAUGUGCAGCCAAUCAAGAUGUUGUAUGAUGUCAUGUGACUUGGGUUGUCCUGUCUGAACAUAACCACGUGAUUAAAGACGCAGCGAUUUUGUUCCUCCUUCUGUCA